AUGCAGGCAGUAUCUAUCUAUCUAUCUAUCUAUCUAUCUCUCUCUCUAUAUUUUCUUUAUUUCGCCACCUUUCACCCUCUAUGUCAUAGUUCUUUUUUUCUAUUUCUCCACCUUCCUCUCUAUCUUCCUUUUUUUAUUUCAUACCUUUUCUUUUCUCGCACUUUUCCCGCUAUCUCCCUCUAUCUUUUCUUUAUUCCUCCACCUUUCUCCAUAUCUCCUUUUUUAAUUCAUACACUUUCUUUUUUCUUCGCGUUUCCCCCUAUCUCCAUCUAUGUCAUGGCUUCUCUUUAUUCCUCCACCUUUCUCCAUAUCUCCCUUUUUUAUUUUAUACCUUUUCUUUCUUCCCCAUUUCUCCCCAUCUCCAUCUAUGUCUGGCUUUUUCUUUUUCCUCCACCUUUCUCCAUAUCUCCUUUUUUAUUUCAUACCUUUUUCUUUUUCCCCCACGUUUCUCCCUAUCUCCAUCUAUGUCAUGGCUUUUCUUUAUUCCUCCACCUUUCUCCAUAUCUCCCUUUUUUUUUCAUACCUUUUCUUUCUUCUCCAUCUAUGUCAUGUUUCUCCUCCACCUUUCUCCAUCUCCAUUUCUAUGUCAUUUCUUCCCCGUUUCUCCCUAUCUCCAUCUAUGUCAUGGCUUUUCUUUAUUCCUCCACCUUUCUCCAUAUCUCCCUUUUUUAUUUCAUACCUUUUCUUUCUUCCCCACGUUUCUCCCUAUCUCCAUCUAUGUCAUGGCUUUUCUUUAUUCCUCCACCUUUCUCCAUAUCUCCUUUUUUUAUUUCAUACCUUUUCUUUCUUCCCCACGUUUCUCCCUAUCUCCAUCUAUGUCAUGGCUUUUCUUUAUUCCCUCCACCUUUCACCUUUUUUUUAUUUUCUUUCUUCCCCCAUUUCUCCCUAUCUCCAUCUAUCUUUUCCCUCCACCUUUCUCCAUUCUCCUUUUUUAUUUCAUACCUUUUCUUUCUUCCCCACGUUUCUCCCUAUCUCCAUCUAUGUCAUGGCUUUUCUUUAUUCCUCCACCUUUCUCCAUAUCUCCCUUUUUUAUUUCAUACCUUUUCUUUCUUCCCCACGUUUCUCCCUAUCUCCAUCUAUGUCAUGGCUUUUCUUUUUUUCCUCCACCUUUCUCCAUAUCUCCUUUUUUUUUUCAUAUACUUUUUUCUUUUUUUCCCCACGUUUCUCCCUAUCUCCAUCUAUGUCAUGGCUUUUUCUUUAUUCCUCCACCUUUCUCCAUAUCUCCUUUUUUUAUUUCAUACCUUUUCUUUCUUCCCCACGUUUCUCCCUAUCUCCAUCUAUGUCAUGGCUUUUCUUUAUUCCUCCACCUUUCUCCAUAUCUCCCUUUUUUAUUUCAUACCUUUUCUUUCUUCCCCACGUUUCUCCCUAUCUCCAUCUAUGUCAUGGCUUUUCUUUAUUCCUUCCACCUUUCUCCAUAUCUCCCUUUUUUUUUGUUUCAUACCUUUUCUUUCUUCCCACGUUUCUCCUUAUCUCCAUCUAUGUCAUGGCUUCUCUUUAUUCCUCCACCUUUCUCCAUAUCUCCUUUUUUAUUUCAUACCUUUUCUUUCUUCCCCACGUUUCUCCCUAUCUCCAUCUAUGUCAUGGCUUUUCUUUAUUCCUCCACCUUUCUCCAUAUCUCCUUUUUUUAUUUCAUACCUUUUCUUUCUUCCCCACGUUUCUCCCUAUCUCCAUCUAUGUCAUGGCUUUUCUAUCUCCAUUUCUAUUUUCAUUCCCCACGUUUCUUUCUCCAUCUUGUCAUGGCUUUUUCUUUAUUCCUCCACCUUUCUCCAUAUCUCCCUUUUUUUAUUUCAUACCUUUUCUUUCUUCCCCACGUUUCUCCCUAUCUCCAUCUAUGUCAUAGCUUUUCUUUAUUCCUCCACCUUUCUCCAUAUCUCCUUUUUUAAUUUACACUUUCUUUUUUUCUUCGCCUUUCCCUUCUUCCCCAUGGCUUUCUUUAUUCCUCCACCUUUCUCCAUAUCUCCUUUUUUUAUUUCAUCUAUGUCAUCAUGGCUUUUCUUUAUUCCUCCACCUUUCUCCAUAUCUCCCUUUUUUUUAUUUCAUAAUUUUUUUUCUUCCCACGUUUCUCCCCAUUCCAUCUAUGUCAUUUUUCUUUCUUCCCCACCUUUCUCCAUAUCUCCCAUUUUAUUUCAUACUUUUCCAUCCCUAUCUCCAUAUGUCAUGGCUUUUCUUUAUUCCUCCACCUUUCUCCAUAUCUCCUUUUUUAUUUCAUACCUUUUCUUUCUUCCCCACGUUUCUCCCUAUCUCCAUCUAUGUCAUGGCUUUUCUUUAUUCCUCCACCUUUCUCCAUAUCUCCCUUUUUUAUUUCCCUUUUCUUUCUUCCCCACCUCCCUUCUCCAUCUAUGUCAUGGCUUUUCUUUAUUCCUCCACCUUUCCCAUAUCUCCCUUUUUUUAUUUCAUACCUUUUCUUUCUUCCCCACGUUCUCCCUAUCUCCAUCUAUGUCAUGGCUUUUCUUUAUUCCUCCACCUUUCUCCAUAUCUCCUUUUUUUUUUCAUUUUCUUUCUUCCCACGUUUCUCCCUAUUCCAUCUAUGUUUUACCCUGCCUCCCACUCCUUUCAUAUCUUUUUCUUUAUUCUUACAAACUUUCCUCUAUCGUUUUUUGUUUAUUACAUAACCUCCUUUUUUUUCCUAUCCCCUUUUAUUUCAUAUUCUUUCAUUAUUCCAACAUUUUUCUCUCAAUUUCCCUCUUUGCUUAUUUUAUAUCCUUUCUUUUUCUCGCAGUUCUCAACCUAUUUCCCUUUAAUUCAUACGUUUUCUUUAUACCCCUAACUUUCUCUCUAUCUCCAUUUAUUUUCUGCCCUCUCUUUGUCCCUCAAGUUUUUCCCUCUCUCCUUUUAUUUAAUACCAUUUCUUUCUUUAGUUCCUCUACUUUAUCUCUAUAUCUCCCUUCCAUAGCCUUUCCUUACCAACAAUUUUUUCUCCACGUCUCUCUUAUUUAUUUUAUACUUUUACCUUUCUAG